GGAGGACAGGAACCGGCUGGAAGGCAAUAGCAAACACUCCCCGCCUGCACGAGCCCUUCCCUCUCCCGCCCCGCCCGCCCGCCCGCCUCCCUCGGAAGACUUGGAGGCCAAGGCCGCAAGAGGCGCAGGCUCCCUGCAGCCGGGUGGGGCUGGGCCGAGCUGGCCGUCCCUUUGAACCGUGGGCCGGGGCGUUCGGCGGGGGGGGGGGGGGGGGGGGAGCUGCGCGUGCCCGGUACGCCCCGAGCAUGGUGCUCAAGGCUUGUUCGGGGGCGAGUAGGUAGCGGUUGGUUAAUGAUCUAACCGCUCGCCUGGGACGUUGAAGCUGAGAUCCUGGUGUCUGGCUCCUCCCCAUUCCUGGAGCGCCCCCAGCCGGAGGAACAAAUCUGCCCUCCUGUGUGUGUGGCGUCGCCUGCUGGAACUGCCUCUGCCCGUUGGGGGUCCCCUGGUUGCUGCGGCCCUCUGAUUGCCCUGUCUACCCUUUGCACUUGCUGGACUUCAGAGCUGACCCCACACCUGCCUGUUGCCUUGGGAGUGCCCAGCUCCCCCACCCGCAGCCAGCACGAUGCCCAUUCUCAAGCAGCUGGUGUCCAGUUCUGUGAACUCGAAGCGCCGCUCACGAGCGGACCUCACAGCUGAGAUGAUCAGUGCCCCGCUGGGUGACUUCCGCCACACCAUGCAUGUGGGCCGGGCUGGGGACGCCUUUGGAGACACCUCUUUCCUCACCAGCAAGGCCGGGGAGGCUGAUGAUGAGUCCCUGGAUGAGCAGGCCUCAUCUUCCAAACUCAGCCUCCUGUCCCGGAAGUUCCGGGGCAGUAAACGUUCACAGUCUGUAACCAGAGGGGAUCGGGAGCAGAGAGACAUGCUGGGCUCUCUACGGGACUCAGCGCUGUUUGUCAAGAAUGCCAUGUCCCUGCCUCAGCUCAAUGAGAAGGAAGCCACCGAGAAGGACUCCAGCAAGCUGCCCAAGAGCCUGUCGUCCAGCCCUGUGAAGAAGGCAGAUGCUAGAGAUGGUGGGCCGAAGAGUCCCCGUCGGAAUGGGGCCACAGGCCCCCACUCACCUGACCCACUCCUUGAUGAGCAGGCCUUUGGGGACCUGAUGGACCUACCCAUCAUGCCCAAAGUCAGCUACGGGCUGAAGCAUGCUGAGUCAAUCCUGUCCUUCCACAUUGACCUGGGGCCCUCCAUGCUGGGAGACGUCCUCAGCAUCAUGGACAAGGACCAGUGGGGCUCUGAGGAGGAGGAGGAGGAGGAGGAAGGUGGCGGUUACCGUGACAAAGAAGGCCCCGGCGGCAUUGUCCAGGCGCCCCCUAUGCUGGAGGUAGUUCCUUCUCUAAGGAGACAGGAAAACAAGGCCAACUGGGACCAGGCCUCCAUGCUGCCCCCCAACGCUGUGGAGGAUGAUGGAUGGGCGGCAGUAGCCCCCAGCCCCAGCUCAGCACGCAGCGUGGGCAGCCACACCACUCGGGACAGCAGUUCCCUGUCCAGCUACACCUCAGGCGUCCUUGAGGAGCGCAGCCCAGCUUUCAGAGGCCCAGACAGGGUGGUGGCUGCUCCCCCAAGGCAGCCAGACAAGGAAUUCUCCUUCAUGGAUGAGGAGGAGGAAGAUGAGAUCCGAGUUUGAGGCUGGACAGAAAGUUGAAAGUAGUUUCCACAGCUCCAGGCUGCAUCUUUUCCCUGCUGCUGCCUUCACUAUGACCUUUGACCUUACUCUGUAGGUGCAGCAAAGAGCCUCAUUGGAGUAGACCCUGGACCUCAGAGAUUGGGGUGCCAGGGAAGUAGCAUGGGAACUGGCACCUGGCAGCCUGACUUUGACCCAUCCUUCUUUAACCACACCAGCCAGGGACAGAUCCGAGUCCCAGCAGGAAUCCAUUCUCUUCCAGGCCCUUUGCUUCCAGCCUGGCCUCAGAUGGAUGCCAGAUGUUAGUUUGAGUUGUUGCUGCAAUGGCAGGGCAGCCAGGUGUGGCCUUCUCUCCAAGGUCAUGGGCACUUGACUCCUUUUGUUCACCUUGUGUCUGGUGCCUUCCAGGGAGGUCUAUGCAGCAGGAGGCAGAGGUGCCCACAUGUUUGGGCUCCUCCUUCCUCCACCCCUGGCUCCUCACUGGAAGACUGGUGCUCUUUGGGGUUCAGUUGGAGCCAGGGGACAGCCUCAACUAUUACACUAAAUGCAGCCUUUCCCAAGGGCCAGGACGGGAUGGGGCAGAGAAAGAACCCCCCAGCUCCUAGCUUCUUGGGUUCUCAAGAAGCACCCCUUCCUCAGUGACACUAGGAACAGAAAAGGGGCUGGCUCUGCCCGUGGGUGUGUGUUCGUUCCUUGUUAUUAUGUUUAAACCUGAAUAGAGCACUGUCAAAACCCCUACCAGGAAAAUAGCGACAGUAUUGGUGGCAGAGUGACUGUUAUCUGACCUCAGUCUGGGUGUACAGACCCUGCUGAGGUUGGAUUGUAGCAGGGCAGCCGCCACUAGUAUUUGUCCCUGAACCCCCAGCUCCAUAGCUGUUAAUGGCUGAAGGAGGACCGUGUAGGAAAGUUCUGGAAGAGGAUGCUUGAGUGAUACAUUAUUCCCCAGAGUGUGAGCUGUGCUUUGCCUUGUUACUGCCCCCUCCUUGGGCUAUGGGCCAGGCUUACCAAAAACAUGAAACCAAACAGGACUGUAUUUGAUUUGAAUUCCAGGGAAAUUAAAGUGGAUUUUUAUUUGUUUGUUUUUGGCUUUUUUGAGAUACAGUCUCACUCUGUAGCCCAAGCCAGCCUCGAGCCCAUAACAAGCCUCCCUUUCCCUAGGAGCUGGGGUUACAAGUGUGCACUGCCGCUCCUGCCUGUUUGUUUUUCUGAAAUCUGUUUUGCUCAGUUCCUGUAACUCUACCCAGAACAUGAGUAGAGGCAGGGGCCUGAGCUCCGGGGGUGAUGGCUCAUUCCUUUUCUGUGCUGGGAGCAGGCUGACCCACUCCCUGGUCGAGCAUAGGCAGUGGAAUCUGGGGAGAGAGCAAGCUGAGUUACAAGCAGAGUCUGGCCACAUGGUGACCAGCCAUGGGCUGCUCUGCUUCCAGAGGCCUCCUAGAUUCUGACCCUGCAAUGCUCACUGGGCUCCUGACUGGUGCUCCUACGAAGGUAGGCAUUGACAGAGCUACAGAGCUGUGCCUCUGGCCAGCAGCGCGCGCGCACACGCAGACACACACACCCCUCCCCUAAAUCUACCUGGUUGGUUCUAGACUCUAAACUUUGUAUUUUUUCCAUGACGUUGAUAAAGCAGUAAGAAGACAUUAAAGUUUCCUCCUAGUGCUCCUA